AUGGCCCGCGGCACCAACACCCGCUUCCGCGGCUCUUCGUCCUCCUCCUACCGCGGCUCCUCUUCUUCCUUCCGCGGUGGCAACUCCUCCUACCGCGGCAACCGCGGCCGUGGCCGAGGCGGCUCCUCAUCCAACCCCGUCCCCGUCGCGCGCGACGACGAAGGCACGGCGCUCGCCGAGCGCUUCGAGCGCACAGCGCUCGAAGACGAAAUUGACGCCAAGAUGGGCUUCCCGCGCGUGAGCGAGGGCGCGCGGCGCGAGGGCUGGCUGAUCAAUAUGCACCCCACGACGCUCAAGGACGCCGACUGGCCCUCGGGGCGCGCGGCGGUCGACUACUACUUCAUCACCGCCUCCUCCACGGCGUCAUUCAAAGCCACGCUCGCGUACGAGCCGUAUUUUUAUAUCGGCGUGCUGCCCGGGACAGAGACGGUCGUGGAGGAGUAUUUGGUGAAGAGGCAUGAAGGCGUUGUGACGCGGAUUGUAAGGGAGAUGAAGGAGGAUCUGAAGCAGCCGAAUCAUUUGCUGGGCGCGAGGAGAACCUUUUUGCAGCUUUGUUUUAGGAAUGUGCAGGAUUUGCUUGGGGUGAGGAGGGAGCUGCUGCCGCUUGCGACGGCGAACGCGGAGAAGCGGAGCGCGGUGGACGCGUAUGCCGAUAUGGUCGCCGCCACGUCCUCUGCUACAUCGUACAUGGACGUCGACCAACCCUCCUCCUCGGCGGCGUGGGGCGCGGAGGACACGACGGCGCGCGAUAAAGAUCCGAAGGAGUGUAUAGUCGACAUACGCGAGUACGACGUGCCGUAUUACCUGCGCGUGGCGAUGGACAACGAGAUCCGCGUCGGGCUGUGGUACGGCGUCACGUUCAACGCGGGCCAGCCGUCUUUUAAGCAGAUUGUGGAGCGCGUCGGGCGCCCGGAUCCGGUUGUGGUGGCGUAUGAUAUCGAGACGACCAAGGCGCCGCUCAAGUUCCCGGACAGCGCGGUGGACCAAGUGAUGAUGAUCUCCUACAUGAUCGACGGCCAGGGCUACCUCAUCACCAACCGCGAGAUCGUGAGCGAGGACAUCGACGACUUCGAGUACACGCCCAAGGAGGGGUACGAGGGCCCGUUUACCAUCUUCAACGAGCCCGACGAGGCAGCGACCCUCACGCGCUUCUUCACGCACAUGCAAACGGUGCACCCGACGGUCAUGGCGACGUUCAACGGCGACUUUUUCGAUAUGCCGUUCCUCGAUGCGCGGUCCAAGGCGCACGGGAUCGAUAUGUUCCAGGAGAUCGGGUUUGCGAGGGACGCGGAGGACGAGUACAAGAGCCGGACGUGUGUGCAUAUGGACUGUUUUCGAUGGGUCAAGCGCGACAGCUACCUCCCCCAAGGCUCGCAAGGCUUGAAGGCCGUGACGGUGGCCAAGCUCGGGUACGACCCCAUCGAGCUUGAUCCGGAGCUUAUGACGCCCUACGCCCUCGACCAACCCCAAACGCUCGCGCAAUAUUCCGUCUCCGACGCCGUGGCGACGUACUACCUCUACAUGAAAUACGUGCACCCGUUCAUCUUCAGCCUGUGCAACAUCAUCCCGCUGUGCCCGGACGAGGUGCUGCGGAAGGGCACGGGGACGCUGUGUGAGACGUUGUUGAUGGUCGAAGCGUACCGCGGCGCGAUCAUCAUGCCGAACCGGCACGAAGACGAGAGCGGCUCGAUGUACGAGGGCCACCUCGUGGCCAGCGAGACGUACGUCGGCGGGCACGUCGAGGCGCUCGAGGCGGGCGUGUUCCGGAGCGAUAUCGAGACCGAGUUUAAGAUCGAGCCGAAGGGCCCGCAAAAGCUGAUCAACGAGCUGGACGCGGCGCUCCGGUUCUGCAUCGUCGAGGAGAGCAAGAUCGCGCUCGAGGACGUGACGAACUACGACGCGGUCAAAGAGGCGAUCAAGGUCAAGCUGGAGGAGAUGCGGGAUAAUCCGCUCAGGAAGGAUAAGCCGUUGAUUUAUCAUUUGGACGUCGCCGCGAUGUAUCCGAAUAUUAUGUUGAGCAACCGGCUCCAGCCGGACUCGGUCGUAGACGAGAGCGUCUGCGCGACGUGCGACUUCAACCGCCCAGGCAAGACGUGCGACCGCCGCCUGCCCUGGGCCUGGCGCGGCGAGUUCUUCCCCGCGCGGCGCGACGAGUACAACAUGAUCCGGCACGCCCUAUCGCAAGAGACCUUCCCGCCCAAACGCACCGGCCUCCCCAGCCGGCGCUUCCACGAGCUCGCGCCGUCCGAGCAGACCGCGCUCCUGCACAAGCGGCUCGGCGACUACUCGCGGAAGGUGUACAAGAAGGUGAAGGACACGAAGGUCGUGACGCGCGAGGCGAUUAUUUGUCAGCGGGAGAACCCGUUCUAUGUGGAUACUGUGCGGAGGUUUAGGGAUAGGCGGUACGAGUACAAGGGGCUGCAUAAGACGUGGAAGAAGAAUCUGGAUGGGUUGCUGGGGGGCGGGGCGAGCCUGGCGGAGGUGGACGAGGCGCGCAAGCUGAUCGUCGUGUACGAUUCGUUGCAGCUCGCGCACAAGUGCAUCCUCAACUCCUUCUACGGCUACGUCAUGCGCAAGGGCGCGCGGUGGCACAGCAUGGAGAUGGCCGGCGUGACGUGCCUCACGGGCGCGAGCAUCAUCCAGAUGGCACGGCAGCUGGUCGAGCAGAUUGGGCGCCCGCUGGAGCUGGAUACGGACGGGAUAUGGUGCAUGCUGCCCGGCGUGUUCCCGGAGAACUUCAAGUUCGAGCUCCGGAGCGGGAAGAGCGUCGCGUUCUCGUACCCCUGCACGAUGCUCAACCACCUCGUGCACGACCAGUACACGAACCACCAGUACCACGACCUCGACCCCGAUACAGGCGAGUACGUCAUACACAGUGAGAACUCGAUCUUUUUCGAGCUGGACGGGCCGUACCGCGCGAUGAUCCUGCCGAGCUCGAAGGAGGAGGAUAAAUUGCUGAAGAAAAGAUACGCGGUGUUCAAUGAUGAUGGGUCGCUCGCGGAGUUGAAGGGCUUCGAGGUGAAGCGCCGCGGCGAGCUGCAGCUCAUCAAGAUCUUCCAGUCCCAGAUCUUCGACCGCUUCCUCCUGGGCAGCACAACGUCCGAAGCAUACGCAGCCGUGGCGGAAGUGGCCGACCGAUGGCUGAACGUGCUGUUCAGCCGCGCGGCGGAUCUGAGCGACGAGGAGCUCGUGGAGCUGAUCGCGGAGAAUAGGAGCAUGAGCAAGACGCUGAAGGAGUACGGCGGGCAGAAGAGCACGAGCAUAUCGACGGCGAAGCGCCUCGCGGAGUUCUUGGGCGACGGGAUGGUCAAGGAUAAAGGCCUCGCGUGCCGCUUCAUCAUCUCUGCGCGCCCCGCUGGGACGCCCGUGACGGAGCGCGCGGUGCCCGUGGCGAUCUUCAGCGCCGAGGAGAGCGUGAAGCGGACGUAUCUGCGCAAAUGGCUGAAGGACGCGUCAUUGUCGACGUUCGAGCUGCGCGAUAUUCUCGAUUGGAACUAUUACAUCGAGCGGCUGGGCUCGGUCAUUCAGAAGCUGAUCACGAUCCCGGCUGCGAUGCAGCACGUCGAUAAUCCCGUGCCGCGGAUCCGGCAUCCGGACUGGUUGCAUAGGAGGGUGGCGAUGAAGGAGGACCGGUUCAGGCAGAACGCGUUGACGAGGUUCGCGUUUAGCGUGGAGGUUAGCGAGAAGAGGAAGGCGAAGGAGGCGGAGAAGGCGGGCGUUAGCGUUGAGGAGUGGGAGGAGCAGCAGCGGCAGCUCGAGCGGGACGCGUUUGGUGGGCGCAGAGAGGGGGAUAAGGAGAGGGAUAUGGAGGACUUUGGCGCGCCGACGAUCGGGACGGGCCUCAGGCCGCAGCGGAUAGCGGUCGUGAGCAAGAAGAAGGGCAAGAAGAAGAAGGGGCUGGAGGAGGACGCGCAUGUCGUGGACUGGAACGAGCCCGCGCCGGUGUUCGAGGAGUACCAGAAGGCGGGCGAUUAUCCGGGGUUCGUGUACGCCGUGCACCACCGGUGGGUCGCGCACGCGCGGCAGCGCGCGACGCGCGAGGUCGACCCGGACGAGGACGUCGUGCCGGAGAUGUUCAAGGGCGCGCUGAAGAAACGGACGGCGCAUGCGCGGUGGGACGUCGUCCAGCUCCGCCCUACACGCGCGCCGGGGAAGUUCACGCUGUGGCUGAGGGUGGACGGGGACCUCGUGAACUUUGCGCUCAAGGUCAAGCGGGAGUUUUACAUCCAUUUCAGGAACGAGCCGAGGGAGGGGACGUUCAUGGACGACCAGUAUGAUGUGAAGAAGGUCACGAAGAUCUUGCCGCGCGGGUUCCCGUGCGCGAACUUGUACCAUUUUAGCGUGGAGGAGACGAUGUUCCAGGAGGGACAGGAGCAUUUCUUGGGGCUUAUGAACGAUCCGAAUGUGGAUGGUGUUUAUGAGCUGCAGAUACCUCUUGCUGUGCGCGCGAUGUUGAAGCUCGGCAAGACCUGUGCGCCCGACGACGUCGGGAUGACGCUCACGAAAGCCCAAGUGACCGGUCUGGACCUGAACGACCUCGAUCGCGGCCACAUGCAGCACCGCACGCGCUACCUCGACGGCGGGAAGGGCAAAUACCUCCUGCUCUACCACGCCUGCUCGCCCAAAGGCGACAUCCACGUCUUCGUCAUAUUCCCCGCCACUGGACCCGCACGCGUGCACAUCGUCGACCCCGCGCCGCGCAGGCAGCCUAUUCCAAGAUUGAGGGAGAUGUAUGCGGAGUUGCUGGAGAAGCAGAGGAAGGCGGAGGGGGCAAGCCGGACGGUGCCGUAUCCGGACGAGGGCGCGUUUGUUACGACGUAUCAUUCGUCGGACGCGACGGCGUGUAAAGCUCUGUCGCGCGAGCUCGGGCUUCUGGAAGGACAGGGAUACACCAUCGUACUUUCCUCCGCAAAGGAACAGACGUACUUCGACGCGCUCGUCCCCAAGCUCGCACGCUUCCCGAUCUUGACCAUGCCCAAAGGCCGCCAAUUCCAUGUCCUCGACGGAUUGCAGUGGCAGACCACUGUGGCGAAGAUGAUGCUGCGGCGGUACUUCUCGCUCGGGCUGUUCGUCGAUAGGAUGGUCGCGCUCGCGGAGUACUACGACGUCCCCGUGGGCCACAUUGAUGGCGAUCAAUUGUUGUUCCUUUGCGAUAUGGACUUCGCGCGGAGGGUCGUGGCGCAGGAUGGGGUGCUUUGGUGGUCGCCCUCCGACAAGCCGGAUCUGGGCGGUAUCGAGGACGACAAGCGCUUCACGGAGGAGCUCCCCAAUACCGAGUUCGUCGCACCUGGCUGCUAUGCCAACGUCUGUCUCGAGAUCACCGUGCGCAAUCUGGCCGUCAACUCUGUCUUGCACGCUGUGGCGAUCAACGAGCUCGAGGGUAGCGGCGGCACGACGGCCUUUGAUGCCGUUUCGCAUACCAUCGACGAGUUUGCCGAGGGCGAGGCGGGGCGCGAUCUGGCGCUUGGAGAGUCGAACGUCUCGCCACAGGUUUUUGCGCUCAUCAAGAGCAUGGUGCGCGCGUGGUUGCUCGACAAAAUCCGUCAUGGGAGCGACACGCCCGCGACACUUGCUGUGGACCACUUCUUCCGCUGGAUCAGCUCGCGCGCGUCGUGCAUGUACGACCCGAGCAUCCAUCGGUUCGUGCAUGGUCUUAUGCGCAAGACGUUCAUUCAGCUGCUGGCCGAGUUCAAGCGCUUGGGCUCGCAGGUCGUUUAUGCUGAUUUUGGGCGCAUUCUACUCGUCACGUCUAAGCCGCCCGGAACCGCCCAUGCUUAUGCGACGUACAUCACUACUGCAGCCACCUCCCACGAGCUGUUUGAGCACCUCUACCUUCGGACUGAGCGCUUCUACGACUUCCUACUCUUCAUGGACCCCGCGAACGCCGGCGGCGUCGUAUGCGAAGACCCGCUGGCCGUCGAGCCGCCGCAAGAGCUCACCGUCGAGAUGCGCUGGGACAUUCAGCGAUACUUGCCGCCCGUGUUCCAACGCGACUUUGCGGCACUCGUUCAGUACUUCCUCGUUGAGAUGUACCGCGUACGACAGAAAGCCAACGCGGGCUCCCGCGCGCCGCUCCGUGUAUUGCCCAACGGUACGCCCGAUCCGGCGCUUCAGGAGGCGGGCAAGGCGCAGGAGAUCGAUGCCGCGCGCGACUUCAUCACUCGGAGGCUCACACGCAAGCUGUUCCGCGCUAUCGAGAGUGUACAGACGCGCCUCAGAAGCGCCGACGUGGACGAUCCCGAAGAAGCGCGAUACUUCGAGUUCCCCGUUCUCGCGGGCGGGCACCUGGUCAUGAAAGACGCGGCGCUGGAGUUCGUCAAGUUCGCGUGUGCGGUGUUCGAGCUUGCGCGGGAGCACAGCGCGGAGGUCGGCGUGCUGAAGCGCAACGCGCUCGAGCUCGUGGGAUACAAGGCCUUCGGCGAUAACGUCGUGUUCCGCAACCCGUGCGACCCGCUCCGUCUGCCGCAUGUCCCUUGCACGCACUGCGACGCCCUCCGCGAGUUCGACUUCUGCAGAGAUCCGGACUUGUCGCCGCCGAGUAGGGACGGGCCGCCGCCGAAGUGGCGGUGCGGCGCGUGUGGGGGCGAGUACGACCGUGGGGCGAUCGAGAGCGAGCUGUUGGAGGUCGUGUAUGCGCUCGAGCGCUCGUUCGCGCAGCAGGACUUGAGGUGCACGCGCUGCAAGCAGAUUCGCUCGGACGAUCUGUCGAAGCACUGUGCGUGCUCUGGGACGUAUGCGCUUACUAUCGGGCGCGCGGAGGUGCGGCGUAGAUUGAAGACCAUCGUGAACGUUGCGCGUUUGCAUAGGUUGCCGAGGUUGAUGGAAACUUCUGAGGCUCUCAUGGGUUAG